GGGGGUGGGGGGAGGAGAGACAUGUCAAAUUGAACAAUAUCAUUGAAGAAGAGCCCCUUUAGUAUAGCGGUGGCUAUAAUGGAAGACAUCCAUUAUCAGGAUCUCCACUCCACAAGCAAUUGGAAUGAGCUUUUCCAUACUAAAAAGAAGAAGAAAAACAUAUAAAGUUGCUUUUUAAUUAGCACCAUGUUUUAAUCAGUUAGUUUUGUGCUUAGGUAACUAAGAAAAAGAGUUAGAAUUGGCUGUGCGUGUGAUCUUGUACUUGUUCCAUGCCGAGUUCUCACUUGUUUUUAUUGUUACCAGUAGCAAGUGAGUAUUUACCUGGAAGCUUCCUUUCUUCUGAUGUAAUGCAUGUGAUGAGAUGAGCUAUGGAACUAUGAAUCUGAAUAGCUUGAUUCUCUAACCUUUGCUUUUCCUAGUCAUCAAUCUUUGUCUCUUCUUCUUAAAGAAAUACCACAUCUUUAUAAUCACAAUCUUUCCUACCAUUUUCACUCUAUUAUCAUUGUCAUCAAUAGUCCCAUCGAGAGUGAUCACUUGAGAGAACUGAGAUACACGCACAUUAAGUAGAUCAUCAUCAAGAAAGAAAAAGAUGUCGGAUUGGGGACCAGUUUUUGUUGCUGUUGUGCUGUUUAUACUCUUAACACCAGGUUUGCUGAUUCAGAUUCCGGGUCGUCACCGAUUCAUUGAGUUUGGCAACUUUCAGACUAGUGGAGUUUCCAUACUGGUUCAUGCCAUCCUAUAUUUUGCUCUCAUGUGCAUCUUUUUGUUAGCUGUUGGAGUCCACAUGUAUAUUGGUUCAUAAUCAUUCUAAUUUUCUGGAACUGCAAUGUGGUUUCAUGAUCUUUUUCUUUUUUUCUUGUGUGGAACUUCUGAGGAUUUGUGCUGGUAAUAUGAACUUGGUUUGUCAGAAUCAAAUGUAGAAAAUUAAUUUUUGUUGGGGUGUGGAA